AUGCAGUGGAAGGCUCUCGCUCCCACUCUCGCUCUCCUAGUCGAGCAUGGCUCCGGCCAGGGGUUCCCCGUGCCGUCAGGCAUCCCGGCCAUGCUGCGUUUCCAAUGCUCACAGCUCGUCGUUGAACGUCUAGACCCUCUGGUCAGUCCCGGCUUGAUACCCUCGCCACAUCUUCACCAGAUCGUUGGAGGGAACUCGUUCAACGCGACCUUGUCGCACGACCUGGUCAAGGAAUCGACAUGCACCAGCUGCACCUUCACCGAAGAUUUCUCCAACUACUGGACCGCCGUCUUGUACUUUCGAGCCCGCAACGGAACCUACAAGCGCGUGCCCCAGCUCCCAAACCUCGGCCUCGGCGGAAACGGCGGCAUCACCGUCUAUUACAUCCCGCCCCACGACGGAAAGACCAACGUGACGGCCUUCAAGCCCGGCUUCCGCAUGCUGGUCGGAGACGCGGCCCUGCACGAGCCCGGUCAAGACCCUAAGGUCUGCCAUCGCUGCAUGCCCAAGGAGGGCGACCACAGCCACCUCAACUGCGCCGCUCCCGACACACAGACGCUGCCCAAGGAGCCCUGUGUGGGCGGCAUCCGCUCCGUCAUCACGUUUCCCACCUGCUGGGACGGCGUGAACCUCAAUCCGCCGGACCACAAGAGCCACGUCGCCUACCCGAUCAAUGGAAGCUUCGACCACAACCGUGACGGCGGUGUCUGCCCGGAUACACAUCCGGUCAAAAUCCCCCAGGUCAUGCUGGAAGUUAUCUGGGAUACAACACCCUUCAAUGACCCGGAGCUAUGGCCCGAAGACGGCUCGCAGCCGUUCGUUUGGAGCACUAACGACAAAGACGGCUACACGCAACAUGGGGACUAUGUCUUUGGCUGGAAGGACGAUUCCCUCCAGCGCGCCAUGGAUGCCCGCUGCACGGGAGAUACAUGCUCCGUGUUGGAGCACCAGACGUUUGAGGAGUCGAUGAAGUGCACAUUGCCACAGACCGUUCAAGAGCACGUCGACGGAUGUGAGUGGACAUACCCAGAUAACUCAAGAGAGCCCCCCGUCAUUGUUACUCGACUGACUGUAGUUCAGGGGUCACUAGCAUCCCGGGCCAGGAACGGCUUGCUUAGCUACCGGCAUGAGCAUGGAAACUCUAGGUUGUGUUUGAUAUGA